AUGCCACCCCAAUCAUCUCAAGGCCUGAACGUCAUCGCCCUAAUCUCAGGCGGAAAAGACUCCCUCUACUCCAUCCUGCACUGCAUCCGCAACGGCCACAACGUCGUCGCAUUAGCAAACCUGCACCCAGAGUUGAGACAAAAUACCCAAUCCACCGAAAAUGACGACGAAGAAGCCGAUAUUGACAGCUUCAUGUACCAAACAAUCGGUCACAGCGUGAUUCCUCUAUAUGAAUCCGCACUGGGCAUCCCACUUUACCGUGCCGCCAUCACCGGUGGGGCUGUCGAUACUUCAAGAGUGUACCGACACGAUGCCGCUGAUCAAGCUGCUGAAAGUGGCUCCGGCUCAGAUACAACUAUUGAAGACGAGACCGAGUCUCUUGUCCCACUCUUACGCCGGGUUAUGAAGGCUCACCCGGAAGCGAAUGCUGUUUCGGCUGGUGCUAUUCUGUCUACAUACCAGCGGACGAGAAUUGAGAAUAUUGCUGGCAGACUAGGUCUUGUCCCACUCGCUUGGCUGUGGAUGUAUCCCUCGCUCCCGGCACCUGUAGAGCGGGAUGCUGAUCCUCUAGCUGUGAGUGAGGCGGGCUUACUUGAGGAUAUGGCAGCGGUGGGGUGCGAUGCUAGAAUGAUCAAGGUUGCGUCGGGUGGUCUGGAUGAUGGAUAUCUAUGGGAGAAUGUUUCUGGAUCUGGGAAUUCCGGGCGUGUGUUGCGGAGACGGAUGACAAGGGCGAUGGGGAGGUUUGCGGCGGCGGAGGAUAUUAAGGGAGCGGUUUUGGGUGAGGGGGGUGAAUAUGAGACUUUGGCGCUGGACGGACCUUCUUUCCUUUGGAAGAGUAGGAUUGAGGUUGAGGGACGCGAUGUUGGGAGUGGAGAGGGUGGUGUUGGUUAUUUGAAGUUGAAGGGAGCGAGGUGCGUUCCUAAAUUGGCGGAGGAGGAGAACAAGUAUGAGCCCAGUGAUGUGAGGAGGCCUGCUUUGUUGGAUGCGCAAUUUACUACUGCGCUGAAAGAUGUCUCUGCUGCAUCGAUUGAGCUAGCGCCAGCGGACACAGACUUGACAUCGAGCAAAAAUGCGUUGCCAGCACCUGCCUGGUCUAUCUGCGAGCCAAAUAGCUAUCGAUCUGCAUCGACAUGGACGAUCGCCAAUUUAAUAGCUCCAGAAGCUGGCCCUGAUGCUGGUGACCAAAUGAGAGCAAUUGUCGACAAAGUGCAGCUUUUGAUGAAGGCGUUUACUUCUGAUUCGGGAACACGCUCGACAGAAGACAUCAUCUUUGCUACCGUGCUGCUGCGCUCAAUGGCAGACUUCGCCCUUAUGAAUAAUGUUUACGUUUCGCUAUUCAAGAAGCCCAACCCCCCUGCCCGAGCUACCGUGGCCUGUGGUGAUUCACUCCCAUCCAAUGUGAAGGUGAUGGUUUCCUUUGUGGUGGACCUGGGAGCACGCAACCGGCGUCAGGGUCUGCAUGUUCAAUCGCGGUCAUACUGGGCGCCAGCCAAUAUCGGCCCUUAUUCACAAGCCAUGUCUAUUCCUCUACAUGACGAGAGCAGAGUGGUCUACAUUGCUGGCCAAAUUCCUCUUGAACCGGCUUCGAUGGAGGUAGCCACGGAAGGAAAGUCGUGGCUGGAGGAUUACCGUCUACGGGCCGUACUUGCUCUCCAGCACCUGUGGCGUAUUGGCGAAGCAAUGGAGGUGGACUGGUGGUUGGGUGCUGUUGCGUUUUUGACGGGUGGAGAGCACAUUCAGACUCAAGCCCAGGUGGCAUGGCAUCUCUGGAAGAAAAUGCAUACACAACCUGUUGAUGCGGAAGAUGAAGACUCAGAUGAGGGCCCGCAACUUGACGCAUGGGAUAUAAAGUAUGGAGGUCGGGCGGGCGAGCUUGUUCCUGAAACCACUUCCGCUACCUUGCCCAAAUUCUCUGUUCUCGACGAUGACACAUAUACUAUCUCGCCAUUCCUUGCCGUUGAAGUUGAUGAACUUCCUCGUGGCAGUGAUAUCGAAUGGCAGGGCCUUGGUAGCCGUUGUCAACAAGCCAAAAUGGAGAGCAGCCACGACUCAGUCUCUGCGACUAUAGAUGGCAGAUACAGCUAUCUUUGCCAGGAGAUUGCCAACGACGAAUCCUUGGGCUCGCUUGAAGAUAGACUGCGCUCGGUUAUUAGUAUGCACUGUCAGACCCAAGAUCUCUCCCAGGCAGUUCUGUACACCACAGAUCCCGUGGCUGAGGAUCUCUGGCUAGGCCAGGUAGUCCCUUGCAGGUCCAUCUGGGGCCGGGAAGGGCGACCAUUGAAAGCUGCAGUGGCUGUACAGAAAGAGCAUGGCUCUGUUUGA